AUGGGAGCUGGACCAGCUUGUCCUCACAUGACCAGCGGCUGCAUCCGGCCACCAUGUCGGGCACGGGUAGCAGGUCGUCCCGGAGGGGAGGGCAGCAGCAGCAGCUUCACGCUGCGGCAGCCGCCGGUGGUGGACAUCGGCUGCAACUGCCGCCGCCCCAAGCUGUUCUCCGUCUUCUCCUCGUCGUCCUCCCUGUUCCGCGGCGGGGGCAAGCCCAAGUCCCCCAACGCCGCCUCCACCUCCACCACCACGGCGUUCACGGCCACCACCGCGGGCGGGCGCAGCGGCACGACGGCCACUUCCACCGACUCCUCCUCGUGGGGCCCCGCGUCGUUCGUCGCCACCUACCCGCUGUACGAGGAGCCGGUGGCCGUGGCGGUGGCGCCGCUGCAGCAGGAGCGGGAGCAGCAGGAGGCGAGGCGGCGGCGGAGGCAACAGCACCGCCGGCGCCGCAGCAGGCGUGCGGCAGCGCCACCGCCCGCGCGCCACGGCGUGGAGGUGGUGGACGAGGAGGAGUACGGGCGGCGGGUGGCGCGCGAGAGCGUGGCGGUGGCGGUGGACUCGGCGGAGCCGUACGAGGACUUCCGCGAGUCCAUGGUGCAGAUGGUGGUGGAGAAGGAGAUCUACGCGUGGGACGACCUCAACGACCUCCUCCACCAGUUCCUCUCCCUCAACUCGCCGCGCCACCACCCGCUCAUCCUCCACGCCUUCGCCGACCUCUGGACCCGCAACGGCCUCUUCUGCCCGCCAUCUCCCUGCCAGUUCUAG